CAUGUGUACGUGUAUAAAUGAGUGUACUGCCACUAGAGGCAUCAAUAAGUAACAACAAAAAUACGUUCAGUAUGAUCCCACUUAUGUCAAUGUAAAAAUGUACAGGAUUCAAUUACAUCGCUUAGGGAAGUAUAGGUAGGUGGUAGAACCAUAAAUAAGUGCAAAGAAAAGAUGAUCACAACCAUCACAGUAGGGGUUACACGGGAGCAGGUGAGGAGAUAAUGGGGUGAGAGACAGAGGUACCUUCUAAGGAACCAGCAGCAUUCCAUUUUUGAACCCGAGUGGUAAUAAAUAUCAAAGCAAAAUCAGAGCCAGACAGUAAGGUAGUAAAAAAAAAAAAAAUACACGCACACAUACAUACAUACAUAUGACUCAGGACUAUUGAGACAUACAUACAUACAUACAUACAUAUGACUCAGGACUAUUGCAAUAGGGGGAAAGAGAUCUCAGAAUAAAAACAGUUCAAUUCCAAAUACAGCAUGAACAAAUGGGAGCAUGAACAAAUUUACAGCCAAGGAGCAGGGUGGAGGUCAUUGGAUAGAAAAUUACUAAGGCGUCAUCAGGGAUGACUGGAGGGAUUCUGGCAAAUCUGACCCAAUAGGUUCUUGCUGAGAACACAUCAGUCACUGGGGGAUGGUGGAGGACCAGGAACCCACUUAGAUAACAAGAGUGAUGGGAUAUGGAGGAUGGGGAUUCUUUCUAAACUGACUUAGCAGAGUGCUUGUCCAAACCAGAUUUUACAAGGAAGUGCGGAUGGCCCUUGAAGGCUCAGGAGAUUGAUUGGAGCUUGGUCAAGCUGAAUCUUUGUAAUUACAUGGGUGUUUUCUAAUUAUUUUCAAGAUGCAGAUAUGUUUUAUAUUCUUCUGUGUAUAGGAUACAUCCCACAACUUUAAAAAAUUGCAAUAGAUUACUUAACCAGCAGAUAGAUGGAGGGGAAACUAUUGGGUAAAGGAAUCUCUAGGUCAUUAUAUUAUGGUUUCAGUCUUAGGUUUUCUAACUCCUUUUUCAUUCUCUUAAUCACAUUUCAAAGUGAUUUUCAAUAUCCACCCAUUCGAUAUUGAGCCUUUCUAGUUGCAGCACCCUAGUAGAUUACAUGGGAGAUCAUGAUCUCUGUAAUCAAGUUGCUUCGAAUCUCGUGAUGAUGAGAUCGCUACCACACCAUGCGGUAACAACAGCGAUACAAGUUUGCAGGGGAGAUUCAAAAGAGGGAUUCCUGAGAUGAGCACUGGAGGGUACUCAAGCCAGAAGGGAGUCCUGGCAUUCCAGAGCAAGAGGAAGCAUAACCAAGUAAGCCGUUAGUUUUUCUUCCUGCUGGACUGGCCAUUCUUAAUUUUCAUAUUGCUAGCAGAGAUGAGGCAGUGCUUGGGGCUCUGACCAACCUGCCCAGAAGACAGAGUGUCCUUGAGGCCAACAUCGCAGCUUUUCGUUUCAAGUGCAGAGUGGACAGUGAACCCAAGCCCAGACGUCUGUGCUCACCCCGAGGGGGCUGAUGUGUGCCGUGGGGAGGCGGCGUCUCAUUUACAGGAGCCCAUCUUGCAGCUCUCAGAUUUCUGUAGAAUGCUGUAAACAAUCAUCACAGUUGGUUUUCAAGUCGUAGAAAGAGCUGCAACUUCUCCUUUGUAACAGAACUUUUCUGGUUGCAUUCAAUGCCUAACAUUGCAGAAGCAGAAAGGGCAAAUGAUUCUGGAAAUGGUGAGCACAAAUCCGAGAGAAAGUCUCCUGAAGAAGAUCUACAAGGUGCUGUUCAGUCUUUCUGCACUCGUGCCUCGGGGACACCCUUGGGUCACAAAGGAGAUGGUCAUUACCCGUGGAGCUGUCCAGUGACCCACACUCGGGAGAAAAUUUAUGCCAUCUGUUCAGACUAUGCGUUUCUCAACCAGGCAACCUCAAUCUAUAAAACUCCAAAUUCAACCCGCUCUUCUUGCCUCCCUGAUAGUACCUCUUUACCUGCUGGAAAUAAUCCGUCAAGAUACAUUGGCAUCCCAACGAGUACAUCGGAAAUCAUCUACAAUGAAGAAAAUAGCUUGGAACAUUUAUCCAGUAGCCUGGGCAAGCUACCUCUUGCAUGGGAAAUCGAUAAAACUGAAUUUGACGGGGUGACCACAAAUUUGAAACACAAAUCAGGCAAUGUAAAGAAACAAGUUUCCAAGAAAAAAACUUCAGAUAAAAAAGGAAGACAUCAAAGGGAGUGGCCUCAGUAUUCUCCUCUUGAAGAUAUUAAGCAGCGGAAAGUACUAGAUCUCAGAAGAUGGUACUGCAUAAGCCGCCCACAAUAUAAGACUUCUUGUGGUAUCUCCUCAUUAAUUUCGUGUUGGAAUUUUUUAUAUAGCACAAUGGGAGCUGGAAAUCUUCCACCUAUUACCCAAGAAGAAGCUUUACAUAUUUUGGGCUUUCAACCCCCAUUUGAAGAUAUUAGGUUUGGCCCCUUCACUGGAAAUACAACACUUAUGAGGUGGUUUAGACAAAUUAAUGACCAUUUCCACGUAAAAGGAUGCUCGUAUGUUCUAUAUAAGCCUCAUGGGAAGAAUAAGACAGCUGGAGAAACUGCUUCAGGGGCCUUGUCGAAGUUAACUCAUGGAUUGAAAGAUGAAUCGCUGGCUUAUAUCUAUCAUUGCCAAAAUCAUUAUUUUUGUCCAAUUGGCUUUGAAGCAACCCCUGUGAAAGCUAAUAAAGCAUUCAGCAGGGGCCCCCUCUCACCACAAGAAGUAGAAUAUUGGAUCUUAAUUGGAGAAUCAAGUAGAAAACAUCCUGCUAUUCACUGUAAAAAGUGGGCAGAUAUUGUUACUGAUCUCAACACUCAAAAUCCAGAAUAUCUAGACAUCCGACACUUGGAGAGGGGGCUGCAGUAUCGAAAAACAAAAAAGGUUGGGGGAAAUUUGCAUUGCAUCAUAGCAUUCCAGAGACUUAAUUGGCAAAGAUUUGGCCUUUGGAACUUUCCAUUUGGAACAGUGAGACAAGAGUCACAGCCAACACAUGCCCAGGGAAUUGCCAAAUCGGAGAGUGAAGAUAAUAUCUCCAAGAAGCAGCAUGGGCGUCUGGGCCGGUCUUUCAGUGCUAGUUUCCAGCAGGACUCAGCAUGGAAAAAGAUGUCCAGUAUCCAUGAGAGAAGGAACAGUGGCUAUCAGGGUUACAGUGAUUAUGAUGGGAAUGAUUGACCAUGCUGGGUUCGGAACAUUUUGUGUUACACACAUGACUGGUCUAUACAGGACUGCAUUAAGACAGUAGAAGUUUUAUUAAGUCUACACUAAAUAGGAACAGAUCUUGUGGUAUAAAACAUACCCUUGUAGUUCUCCAGUAAAUAAGCUUGUAUAUGAUAAUGAUGGGAAUUUCAGAUAUAUAAGCAGAUAAGCACAGAUUAUUAUCCUUUUAAAGUUAAGAGUAUGCAAACAUUAUGGACAAUUUUACAAAAUCCAACAAAUUGCAUAUAAAGAAAUCAAACACAAAUUUACUUAAUAGCAUCAUGAUUUGCAGUACUUAAGCAUGAAAUUAUUUCCUAUGACUUAAUCACCAGACAUUUGUUGCAGAUUAUUUUAUUCCUAAACUCAAGAUGUAAGGCACCGUCUGCCCUUUUAAACAAAAUUGGGGCUGUUGAUUUCUAGUUUCCUCUCAUGGUAAAGCUCAUUUAAAAUUUAGUGAAUCUAGAAUUCUUUAACUUGUACGCAGUAUCUUGCCCGCCUCGUUUGUUUCCUGACUAACUUUCUCAGGAUCCUCAAUAAAGAGGCAAAAGAGAAGACUCAAGAAAGUCAUCUUUUCUAUUGGUGCAUUGAUUCAGGAUAUUCUUGACUUUUUUGACUUGGUAUCUUAGUGUACAAUAUUGGCAAGAUUUUCAGGUCUCGAGAGCUUUCUUUCUACAAUGAACCUUGUUUUGAGAUAGAAUAAAAAAAACAAGUGGGAUCCAAAGUUUCUACUUCCAAGGUAAUCUGUGAAAUGAGAUCUUGUGAUAUUUGAUUAGUCCCUCAGCGUGGAGUCCUAUGUUGUUAACAGCAUUAAAAAUGCAUUAGGAAUGUUAUGUCACUCAGAGUGCAAAUAUCCAUAUUCCCAACUCUGAGCUGCUUCUUUUAAAAAUCCGUACAAUUAGCUGUUUGAAGUGAGUGUUAAGUAGUUCCAAAAGAGUGGAUUUCAUGUAUUUGAGCUCCUCCCUAGUUGAUGUCAAUUUUUCUUCUGCUGCCAACCUGUGACUUGUUCUUUCAUUUCAGGGGCUGUUCCAUGACUCAGAUCAGUAACUUGAUUAUGACAAGGUGCUGAAUAUGUUGGUAACCAUAUUGCAAUACACCUCAAGAAGAGGGUUCAGAUUUUUAUUUUUAAAAUAUUUUCAUUUUCUUCUCUUUUGAAUUUUAUAUCCAUGUAUCCACUCAGCCAUACCUAGCCUACAGACAGGGAUAUAUAUUAUGAAAUGGUCAUUUUUCUGAAGAGAAUAUUUUGCGUGAAAUGCAAAGGACUGAAAGAGAUUUGUAGGUUGUUGAUUUUGUUACUUCACACUGGAACUUUUAAGAAGUUUUCAUCAAAUAAAGUUUUGUUUUCUACUUUUAAUAAUGUGGAUGUUUCGAACCUUUAUUUUAGGUAGGGAUUACCCUCGGAAUUCUGUGUGAAGUAUGUGACAACAGCUCCUGAGUAGUGUGUUAUAAGAAACUAUCAUGUAUCAGACUUUUAUAAUCAACGCAACAAUAUACAUUAGGACUAUACUUUUAGAUUCUGAGAUAGAAAAUUUAAUUAGUUUGAACCAAACCAAGUUGUCAUUUUUAUAGGUCAAACAUAGUUGAAUAUCAGCAAUUUCAUAGUUUAAUGAAACAUUUCAGAGAAGAGGCAGAUAGGAAGAACCAAGAGGAAAGGAGACAAAUGCAACAUAAAGAAUACAGGAGAAUAAAGCCCUAAGAAUAAAGGAGACAAAUGCAACAUAAAGAAUACAAAUGCAAUAUAAAGAAUACAUCCUAAGAAAGAGGAUGAAUUUAUAUAGAUUGCUUAUUGGCCAUUAAUAGUUUUUACCAACGUCUUGAAAUAUAUGAUUACUUAAUAACCUGACAUAUAAGUUCAGCUGUUAUUAAGAGCAGAAUGAGGUUUAUAGAGACUAAUUUUCCAAAAACUAUGUGCAAGUUACUGCACACUUUUCUUUCAAGGUUAGUAACGUUCCUGUCAUAUUUGAUUUUUUGGUCAACUCUUCUUAGGAGUCUCCAUAGAAGCAAUGAAGGUUCAAAUACUGGCUCUGUACUAGCUAGGUGUUUCACCUUGGGCAAGUUAAGAUUAAUGUUUCUGUGAUAAUUUUCUCAUUGGUAAGGUGGGGAUAAUAGCAUAUAUUUUAUAAAGUGUUUUGAAGAAUAAAUAAGUUAAUGUA